AUGUUAUCCAUCGAUAGUCACCACCUAGCACUCGGCCUCGUUGUGGUCCUGCUCGUCUUUCUGGGCAGCACACUACGAGCAGCUUUUCGUCCCGGCCUACGCAGUAUCCCAGGCCCCUUCUUAGCUAGAUUCACUCCUCUAUGGCGUUUAUCCUUUGUCUGGAAGGGCAACGCCCACUCGGACUACCGCCAGCUUCACCACAAGUACGGGCCAGUCGUUCGGACUGCACCCAACGCGGUUGACAUUUCUGAUCCGGCGGCCCUGCAAACCAUCUACGGCAUAACUUCAAAGUUCAUGAAGUCGAACUUUUACAAUGUCUUUGACAAUAUGUACGAGGACGAAUUCAUGCCCAGCAUGUUCACGACCACCAACGCCGAGGUACACAAGGCUCUCAAGCGACCGGUGGCCCAAAAGUACUCCAUGACGUCCAUUCGAACGCUCGAGUAUCUAGUGAACCCCUGUACGCAAAUGUUCACGGAUGCCAUGACCGACCUGCAGGGGCAGGUGGUCGACUUGGGCACCUGGGUUCAGUGGUACGCGUUCGACGUCAUCGGCGCCAUCACCUUCUCCCGCCGCUUCGGCUUCAUGGAGACCCGGAGCGAUGUCAAUAAUGUGAUCGCUGGUAUCGAAGGCGGCCUCGAAUAUGGCGGACUCGUUGGAGUCAUACCUUCCUUGCACAAGUAUCUUCUAGGCAACAUCACGCUCAGGAAGAUUUUGACUAAGUUCGGAACUAAUGACCCGUUGCGGACCGUUACAAAUAUGGUAUUGGAUGCCCUCGGAGAAUACGAUGCCAAACCAGGCUCUUCUGAACGAGGAGACUUCCUGGCAUAUCUGCGACGAGAGCAGGCGUCGACUGGCGACCAGCUGAGUACUCCGGACAUGAUGAAUCACUUGAUGAAUAACCUCCUGGCUGGCAGCGAUACCACUGGAAUCGCUCUCCGGGCUAUGUUCUACUACGUCUUGCGCGACAAGCGCGUAUAUGACGUUUUACAAAAGGAAAUCGACGAAGCACAAGCACGAGGCGAAUUAUCGCCCGUCAUCACUUUUGCAGAGAGCCAGAAGCUCGAAUACCUCCAAGCGUGCAUCAAAGAAGCCAUGCGGAUGCACCCGGGCGUAUCCUACCCACUCGAGCGUGUCGUCCCCGAGACGGGGGCUGAAAUCUCUGGAUUUCACCUACCGGCCGGCACCAUUGUAGGCAUGAACGCCGCCGUGAUUCACCGCGACCGCGACAUCUUUGGCCACGAUGCAGACACCUUCAGACCUGAGCGCUGGCUCAGCGACGAUGUCGAGGCAGUCAAGACGAUGGACCGGCAUAAUAUGAGUUUCGGAGCCGGUGUCCGUACUUGCAUCGGCAAGAAUAUUUCCAUCAUGGAGGUUGGAAAGGUUGUACCUCAGAUUUUGAGGCAGUUCCAUCUUGAGUGGGCGUCUAGCGAGCCAGAGUGGCAGGUAUCGACGUAUUGGUUUGCGAAGCAGUCGGGUUUGCUGGUGCGAUUCAGCCCGCGGGCGCCCGUGACCAAAUAG